GGGGGAGGACACGCCCGAGAGUGAACUAGCUCAAAUAAUCGUCGAGGUGGAAGAAUGGUUGACAGGGAGGAAUGCGGAUGCGAGCAGAGCGUUGCGCAAAGCCUUGACUGCGAUUCAACGGCAUAAGCGCAAGGAAUCUGAAUGGCAGAAUCAGAGCGAAAUGUAUCGCUUGCUGAAACAUGAGUAUAAGCGGAAAAGGAAGAUUUAUGAUCAUGACAUGACGAGGGCUAAGAUUGUGGAGGAUAAUUUGAUGGAACAUCUUCAAAAUCUGGAGAGUCAGCACAGAUCUCAGUUAGAGUCUGCUCAACGUGAAGCAGAAAGUCUCCGUCAACAGUUAGCAAGGCUCACCAUGCGUUCCAGACCCUCUAGUCCGUUUGGCUCUAAUCCGCUCCCACCUCCCCCGAAACCCUUCGCAGACGAUGUCAUCCCUGAUUUGAUCGAUAAAGGCAAGGCGUUAGAGGCACCUCGACUUUCUUCGAAAGACCCCAGUAACGGGGAAGGUCCAGGAUACAUAUCCCGUGCGGGGUCAGAAGACUGGCGAGGCUGGUACUCUAUAUGGCAGAACACGCAGGAAUCUGCGGAUGGUCCCCGUCAUGACCCACCGCCAUCUGCAAUCGCUGGCUCGAACAACGUGGCGGCUAACCGCGCGCUGUCUGUCGUCCCGGGUGCUCAUCCGGCGCAAAGGGUCGUGCCGCCGCUGAAUGUGCGUGAUAAAAGUCGUGUGCAGGAUGAUGCCCCGGCUUUGGUCGCGGACUCGAGCGUGCGAGUAGUCGAAUGGAGUGCGGAGACUCUCGCAGCUGCUGAGCGUCUUGCGGGAAUAACGAGGACGCAGAACGGUACCGCUAGACGCAGCGGUGAACAACUACCCCAGUCCUCAAGGCAAGCUGACGGACGGUCCGGAUCUUCUGCUGCGUCCCCGGAUGACGCCACCCCCACCAUGGGGCCCACCACUGUCUCGAGAAUUAGCGUCAGUGAUUUCCC